AUGAUGAAUCACCCAGAGUCUGAGCACAAGAUGUCCCUGGGCACAAAGGAACUUGAACAUGCACCAGAACAUCAUGAACAGCAACGCGUUGACGUUCCCGAAGAGGCCAACAAGCGUAUCAAGAAGACAUUCGACCGCCGUCUUCUUCCUAUCGUCUGCUGCCUCUACAUCCUAUCCUAUCUCGACCGAGGAAAUAUCGGCAACGCCAAAACCGCCGGCGCAAAAGACGACCUUGGUCUCAGCGACUGUGAGUGGGCAUGGGUCCUCAACGCGUUCUACAUCUGCUACGUUUGCUUCGAGUGGACCAGUGUUUUCUGGAAGAUCUUCCCUGCGAGUAAAUACGUCGCCGCGCUUUGCGUUUGUUGGGGAACAGCAGCCAUGUGCGCUGGUGCUGUGCACAAUCUUGGUGGACUUAUUGCUUGCCGAUCGCUGCUUGGUAUAUUCGAGGCUGCGUUUGGUGCAGGUGCACCGUAUUUUCUGUCCUUGUUCUACCGUCGUGAUGAACUAGGCUUUCGUGUUUCUCUCCUCCUGGGGAUGUCGCCGUUGGCGAAUUGCUUCGCUUCUGCGUUGGCGUACGGUAUCACUCAUAUCAGUGGCUCACUGGAGCCUUGGAGAUACCUCUUCAUCAUCGAGGGCGCCCCUACUGUAGCUUUCUCCGUCGUCGCUUGGUUCUUCCUAUUGUAUUAA